CGACGAAGAGACCCCAACCAACGCUCGAAAAACACUCCCGCCGGGCUUUCGAGAUUAGGACCCCCAUUGCAACACUUCACAGCAGCCACUUCGGUACACCCCGUUUACCUUGGAAAGCUCGACUCCCAGAGUAAACAGCAGUGAACUCUUAGCGCACAGGACCGCCCGACGUCGACGACACAACUACCCUCUCCCACGAAUAACAUUUACUCAACAAAAUCCUCCAGUAUGGCGGCCGCCGAGUUAGACUACGCUUCUCUCAACCCACUUUCCCCCGAGGUCAUUGCAAACCAGGCAACAAUCAACAUAGGAACCAUCGGGCACGUAGCACACGGAAAGUCGACUGUAGUGAAAGCUAUUUCGGGAGUUCAAACUGUUCGCUUCAAAAACGAGCUUGUCCGCAACAUUACCAUCAAACUCGGUUAUGCGAAUGCCAAGAUCUUCAAAUGCGAUAACGACGCUUGCCCUCGUCCCGGAUGUUACCGAUCCUUCAAAAGUGACACGGCAGAAGGAGCUGCGUGCGAUCGCGUGGGCUGCAUGGGCCGCAUGAGGCUUCUGAGACAUGUGUCCUUCGUUGAUUGCCCUGGGCACGAUAUUCUUAUGGCCACAAUGUUGAACGGAGCCGCGGUCAUGGACGCCGCACUGCUUUUGAUUGCAGGGAACGAAAGCUGCCCUCAACCACAGACAUCCGAACACUUGGCCGCCAUCGAGAUCAUGAAACUGCAACACAUUCUCAUUCUGCAAAACAAGGUCGACUUGAUCAAGGAGUCCGCUGCUGAGGAACAUCACGAGAGCAUCUUGAAGUUCGUCAAGGGAACUGUGGCCGAUAGCGCACCCAUCAUCCCCAUCUCCGCCCAGCUGAAGUACAACAUCGACGCCAUCAACGAAUACAUCGUCAGCAAGAUCCCCAUCCCCGUCCGUGACUUUUCCGCCGACCCACGGUUGAUUGUCAUUCGUUCAUUCGACGUCAACAAACCUGGUGCCGAGGUUGACGAUCUGAAGGGUGGUGUUGCUGGUGGAAGUAUUCUGUGCGGUGUUCUGAAGCUCGGAGAUGAGGUUGAGGUCCGUCCUGGAAUCGUCACAAAGGACAGCGAGGGCAAGGUCAGCUGCAAGCCUAUCUACUCCAAGAUUGUGUCCCUGCACGCCGAGAACAACGAGCUAAAGUUUGCCGUCCCUGGUGGUCUCAUUGGUGUCGGAACACUGAUUGACCCUACACUCUGCCGUGCCGACCGUCUCGUCGGCCAAGUACUCGGCGCCGUCGGCAAGCUCUCUGCCAUCUACACCGAGCUCGAAAUCAACUACUUCCUUCUCCGCCAACUCCUCGGUGUCAAGUCGGACGACAAGAAGCGCACAAAGGUCCAGAAGCUCGCCCGUCACGAAGUCCUCAUGGUCAACAUCGGCUCGACCUCUACCGGAGGUCGUGUCGUCAGCGUCAAGGCUGACAUGGCCAAGAUCUUACUGAACACGCCCGCGUGCACGGAGAUUGGGGAGAAGAUUGCGCUUUCCAGGCGUAUUGAGAAGCAUUGGCGAUUGAUCGGAUGGGGUACCAUCAAGCGUGGAGUCACAGUCGAGCCAGAAGCACGGUCUUAGAUUCUGACCCGGUCUUGGAACAUUGACACACCUCGCCCUCACUUGUAGUUGAACCCACUCGCCCGAACCCACACACACCAUCCACCCUAGUUUCCCAGCUCGCUGGUUCUUCCUCUCAUCAACUCCCAUACCAUGCAUAGAGUAGUCUUUGGGCUUGUUUGAUAGCUUAUUUUGUUUUUGUAUUGGUCAAUUGUAAUUAUCUGUCUCUA